AUGAUAAUUCACUGGUGCAAGCAGCAUUUCCAACAGAGAUUUACUAAAAUGUUACAUAUUUCUGUGUUUUCAGCUGUUAUAUGCCCUCAGCCUGAAGUAAAAGAUGGGCAGAAGGUAAAUGAGAGUGGACGAGGAAGCCAGUUUAAUACUUCAUUUACAUUUGAGUGUAAUGAAGGGUUCACACUCAGAGGCAGUUCAGUCGUGACAUGUAAUAAAGAUGGACACUGGGAUCCUCCACUUCCUAAAUGUGAAGUGGUUAUGUGCCCUAAACUUGUAGUGCAAAAUGGACAGAAAGUCAACGUGACUGGACCUGAGAACCAAGUUAACACUUCUGUUACAAUCAAGUGUAAUAAAGGUUUCAUUCUGAGAGGCACUUCUGUUGUAACCUGCAAUAAGCAUGGCAGAUGGGAUCCUCCACUUCCUACAUGUGAAGAAAUAGUGUGUGCUGUGCCACAAAUAACAGAUGGCCUGAGGAUAAUGGUAUCAGACCAACAUAACCGGUUUGGGUCUUCAUGGACAUUUAGAUGUGACAAAGGCUUUACCAUGAAUGGUAGCCCCACUGUUACUUGUGGUGAGAAAGGAGUUUGGAUUCCAUCACGCCCGACAUGUCAGAGACUUAAAUGCAAAGAUCCACAAAUAACAGAGGGACUGAAGAUAACAAAACUAAACCGAGAAAAUGUAGUUGGCUCUUCUGUUACAUUCAAAUGUGAGAAUGGUUUUACCAUGAAUGGCAGAAACACUGUAACCUGCAAUGAGGAGGGAGUCUGGGACCCAUCACCCCCUACUUGUCAGCAUGCCAGUCAUACACCCUGGUCCUUAAUACUGACAGUCUUUGCAGUCAUUGUCCUGAUCCUGUUUUGCUGUGGCGGAUUUCAGAUUUUCUACAAGAAGUAUCAUCAAGGCAGAACUUACAACAUAAAGGAUUCUAAAGUGUCACCUGAGCCAUAUAUGAGCAGUGGUGGUUAUAGCAUGAGUUCUACAAAAUAUCGCAAGUUUGGAGAGGCACAGCCAAAUAAAUAUUGCGCCACUAAUGCCAGCUAUUAUUUAAACGAGAAGUCUGUUCCACUGGGAACCGUGUCCUACAUAAGUGUACUUCCUGUAGCUUUUGGGCAGUCAUGCCACCUACCUGAUGCUGGAUUAAACACUCAUGCAUAUCAUGAAAAUAAACAGAAGAUCUUAUACAUCCCAAGUGCUGGGAACAUAGUGAAACCAGUCACACAGUACAAAGCACAGAACACUUGAACACCUAUGCAGAGUAAUUCAUCAAUCAUUAAUCCAAGGAUAACUGUACCUUAAAUGUUUACUCUUGAUAUUUAUUUUAGAUUCUACAACACAAAUCAUCAUGGUUUAUUUCAUAUGAAUAUUUACUUGUACAUAAAAUAAAUGGAAUUAUAUUUUCUGUAUUUUUUCUUUGCAGUACCUGUAAUUUAUAUACUAUUUGCACUGAUUACUCAUUUUAAUAAAAAUGUAUUUUCUCAGAAUUUAGUAACUGUAUGGAUUAACUUUCAAACCACCAAAACAAUUUGUGUCCACAAAAAUGGUCAAAACACAAAUCACAAAGUAUACAGCAAUCAACAAUAAAACCUGAAACCGAAAUAAACCAGAACAGAAAACCUUCACAAACUCGCACUGGGAUGAAAUAAAAUGUAACAGCCAACAAAUUCAAAGUUAAACCUUGCUGACACAUAAAAAGACAGAACAUUUAUACAUACUUAUGUUUCAGAAGCUGAGUAGUAUUUAUACGUGUUCCUGAAAUUCCAGCUGCUCAGAAGGUUUACAUCUCAUAUGGUAUACUACUAACCUUUACUAAAUUUAGUUAUGCAGUUAAAUUGAAAUCAUCAAUAGGAUGGUAAGCACACUUCUUAAACUAAAUGAGCUAGUAAAACUCCACAUAAGAAAGAGUAUUUAGCAGUUUCUUACAAAAAAACACCUUACAAACAAAUGCUCCAUAAACUGUGUCAGGAUCACUGUACAGGAAGUAAGUAGCACCACCAAUGUUCAGAUAUAUAAACAACUCCACCGUCAUGACCAAAGUGAAAUUCUAUAGCCUGUAUAUCAGUCAACUAAACAAAACAAGUGAUAAAGCCAAAGGUCAUCAGUUUACACCAGCUAAACAAGUCUAUGGACAUCGGGAUAUAUAUAUAUAUAUAUAUAUAUAUAUAUAUAUAUAUAUAUAUAUAUCUCCAUAUAUGGGUCUACCUGAUAACGCAGAAACUGCAAAAUGCCGACGACAAGAACACCGACACCGGAAGAUCGACAAUGGAGAUGAUCGACAGUUGAAAAUCCCGAUGCUGAGAAUACCGG